AUGCCGAUACCCGGCACUCACCUGAUGCCGGGGACCUCACAGAGGCUCAGCUGGAUGCUGCGGCUGAGCGAGAUGCCAUGGAUGAGGAUGGACACUUUCCAGGUCGACACCGUCCAGCUCGACACCGAAGCGGACAACCAAGUGGGCAUGGCGCGCGUGGCAGUCCAGCUGAGGGCGUUCCAGAGCCCAUAUGGCGCUGAUGCCUAUGACACGCGCUCGUACUUCAACGACCCCCCUUAUCUGAAUGAAACCAACACUAGCAGCCCCUAUCCUGGCGCCCUCAAUUCUCCCGAUCCCCGAAGUCUUCCCAAUUUUCUACAAGACUCUCCGCGAGACCACAGUUCUCAGCCCGCUUCGGCACCCGCAACUCAGCCCGCUUCGGAACCCGAAAUCCCAGGCACAGGUUCUGGACAGGGUGGUACGCAUGACUGGUAUGAGGCUGCUUACGACAGCAACUAUGCAAAUCAAAGCGUCAACUACCCCCCUCUGAACGCCUUCAGGUCUCCCAGCCCCCUUUGGCCCGCUUCAAAGAGGCCCCGUGGUACCCCAUCGUCCGACAGCCGUUCCCACUCCAGGCAAAUCAGUGGCAAUGGAUCCGGCAACUCUCCAUCUCCUCCCCGGAGUGGCGGCCCGUCCGGCAGCACGAGCACGUGGGCACCUCAACUCCCUGAACUCCCUCAACCCCUUGCGGUUGAUCCAUCUGCUAAGCCGUCCAAAAAGGGCAAGUCAACUGGCGACACUACUCAGCCGCCAAAAGACACGAGCAAGGCGGCAGGCUCCAAGGGUGUCUUCUCGGUGCAGACACAGCCUUCUCUCAACUUGGUGCUGGAAAGCCUUUUCCUCAACUUGAUCCCCGAAGGCGUAGCAGACUUCUUCCUAACCCUGCUGAUGAACCCGACUGAGAUGGUCGCGCACACGGCCAGUCUAACAACGCCCGUUGCUACCCCAAACUAG